ACAUGAAGAAGAUAUGUACAUGGGCCAUAUGGGCCUAUAGUGUAUGGGUCUUCAUAUUCCUAACAGAUACCAUGGACUGCGUGAAUCUGGUUGAAAUGCUUCAAAGAUAUCUGAAGGACAGGAGAUAUUUAAUUGUGCUGGAUGAUGUAUGGAGUAGGGACUCCUGGUCUUUACUAGAUAGUUCAUUUGUCAAGAAUAGCAAUGGGAGCCGGAUAGUUAUCACAACUCGAAUACAAGCAGUGGCAUCCCUAGCUGAUGGAAACCGUGAAAUAAAACUUAAUUUAUUACCAAAGGAGGAAGCAUGGACCCUUUUUUGUCAUAAGGCCUUCGCAAGAUUAGAUGGCAGAAGUUGCCCCCUCAGUCUUAAGGCCUGUGCAGAAAGAAUUGUGGAUAAGUGCCAAGGCUUGCCACUGGCUCUUGUUGCUUUAGGGAGUCUUCUAUCCUACAAAGAAAUGGAUGAGCACGAGUGGGAGUUGUUCUAUAGCCAACUUAGGUGGCAGCUGAGUAAUAACCCAGAGCUGAGCUGGGUUGCUAGCGUUCUGAACCUCAGUUACAAUGAUCUCCCUAGUAACCUGAAGAACUGUUUUCUUUACUGUGGCAUGUUUCCUGAAGACUAUCAUAUAGAACGGAAACGGCUAAUCAGACUCUGGAUUGCUGAAGGAUUCAUCGAGGAUAGAGGACCUGAGAUAACUUUGUCAGACGUAGCUGCAUGUUACCUGAAGGAGCUUGCUGAUCGUUCAUUGCUUCAAGUUGUCGACAAGAAUGAAUAUGGAAGGCCAAAGAGGUUCCAGAUGCAUGACCUUGUGAGGGAGUUAUCUCUAACAAUAUCCAAGAAGGAAAAGUUUGCUACUACAUGGGACCAUCCUAACUCAGACUGCAGUUCUGACAGAUCUCGUCGACUUUCCUUGCACAAGGAUAGUAAUUUAAUGCAAACAGUAACAAAUUCAGCACAGCUCAGGUCUGUCAUCGUGUUUGUGGAGGGAGUUUCAUCAUCUUGGUUCAAGAACUGUUACCCAAGCUUUAGGUUGUUGAGGGUCUUGUCCCUUAGGCACUGCUAUAUUCAGAAAAUACCAGGCAACCUUUCUAAUUUGUUUAACUUGCAUUACCUUGACUUGGGAUACACAAAACUGAAGGAGGUACCGAGAUCUAUUGGGAAGCUUAGCAAUCUGCAAACUCUGUAUCUCAAGGGUUCUGUAAUGGAGUUGCCAAGUGCCGUGACUAUAUUAACAAAGCUUCAGCACCUAAUUAUAGAUGUUGGAAGGUUUGGAAGUUCGGCAAGUAACAAAAUAUGUCACCUGGAACACCUGCAGGUUCUGAAGAACAUAGCCAAUAGCUGCAUGGUUAGAAAUCUUGGAUGCUUGACUAGGAUGAGAAGCCUUGGCAUCAGGAAGGUGCUAGAAUCCUAUAACACAGAUCUGUGGAUCUCAGUCAGCAAGAUGUCAGCUUUGACUUCCUUGUCUGUACUCGUAGCUGAUCGCAACAGAGAUGCUCUUGAUAUGUCAGACUUGAAACCUUUACCAUACCUGGAGAAGCUUAUGUUAAGUGGCAAGCUGGACAAAGGAGCAAUUCCUCUUGUAUUUGGCCACUUCCCCAAACUGAAAAGUUUAAGGCUUUGCUUCUCUGGGCUCCGUGAAGACCCACUCUCUUUGCUCUCCGCCAUGUUUCAGAAUCUAGGUCACCUCAAUCUUUACCGCUGCUACGUUGGUACGAGAUUUGCAUUUCGUGCUGGGUGGUUCCCUAUGCUCAAGCAUCUGUACUUGAGCUCCAUGGGUGAGCUAAAGGAGGUCGAGAUUGAGGACGGCACCAUGAGAAGCUUACAUCGGCUAGAGCUGUGGGGCCUGAAAAGCUUGACGUCGGUGCCAGAGGGCCUUGUGCACCUUAAAGCACUCCAGCAGCUGUGCAUCGGCUCCAUGAUGCCUGAUGAGUUCAAAACAAGGUUAGCAGGACGCGAUCGAUGGAUUGUUGAACACAUCCCCUACAUUUGAGAUCCGUGAUCAAGAUUAAGCUAUUCUGGUGUAAGCAUCAUGUCUUGUCAAACAGUAAAACAUCAUAUGUCUUGUACCACUCAGUAAAUCAUAAUUAUAUUGAGUGCACAGUUGCAUCUGCUGAUGCAGUACACGAUUCCUGAUAGUUGUGUGAAUUUUUCUUGUUUCAUUUUAAGAAACUUCUUGCUGUAAUCUGUUGUAUCUUGUCAUUCCAAAGUGCCAGCUAAUGUACGUGCUGUUUCAUGCUUCAA